AUGUACAUUAAUAUUCAAUCUGCCAUUUUACUGUUGCUCGGUACCUCUUCACUUGUGGCUGCUGCUGCUGCUGUUCCGUCAAAUAGCGAGAAAAAGAUACUUCGUGUACCUAUCAGUCGCAAAAUUAGGCCCGACCCUGUCAUUUCAUCAAUUCAACAAAAGUCUGGCUUGAGCAAGAGAGACCCUUUCACUGCUUCUCUGUACAAUGACGCCGGCUCACAAUAUCUCAUUGAUGUGAGCAUAGGUACUCCUCCUCAGAACUUCUCUGUAACAUUAGACACUGGAAGUGCUGAUUUGUGGAUUCCGGGCUCUGCUUGUUCAACAACCGAAUGUCCAAAUGGCCAUUUUGAUCAAGCUGCUUCUAGCACAUUCAAGUCUCUCAAUGAGGAGUUUGCUCUUGUGUAUGGCAUCGGUAGCGUCAAUGGUACUUAUGUCACUGAUACUGUAACCAUCGCUGGUGCUACAAUCCAAACCCAACAGUUCGGUUUGGCCUCGACAACAUCUCAAAUCUUGACAAAUCCAAACACCAUCACUGCAUCUCAGAUUGUAAAACCUUCAAACGAAACGCUCGAUCUUAAACUACUUGCUGCAACGGCAUCCUCCAAAGAUGUUAAAGCAAACGGUAUUCUCGGCCUCGGUUACCCUAAAUUAACAGCCGCUUCAAGUAAAGGCCAAGGAACAUAUAACCCCUUUGUCUUCAAUUUGGUGGCAAAUAAUGUGAUCUCGGACCCUGUUUUCUCCAUUUAUUUAAACAAAGCUAGCUCUUAUGGUUGGGUGGGUGAAAUCAUCUUUGGCGGUGUCGACUCUUCGAAAUACACUGGAAACAUAACCUAUCUCCCUGUUGCUUCGCUCUCCUCGACAAAAUCAUCGUCAUCGUCUAAUAAGAAGCGUGCUACUCUUCCCAAAAAUGACAGCAAUUACUACUGGAUGGUCGGUGCUCAAGGUGUUGCCGUAACAAACUCUUCCUCUUCCUCUUCUGCCACUACAGUUAAUGGCACUGAUUCAAAUGCCAUUCUCGAUCUUUCCUUCUCAACCACCAGCGCCUUCAUCUUAGAUACUGGAACCACUCUGACUUACUUGCCUUCUAAGAUUGCUCAGCAAGUAGUUGAAGCAUUUGCUGGACAAGACUAUACCAUUGAUGCUGGCUCGGGUGCUUAUAUCAUUAGCUGUGCUGCUGCUAAAUCUACUACUCAACUCGAAUUGAAAAUGGGAUCCUCUGCCAGUGCUGAUCCUGUUGUUUUGUCUGUACCUGCUUCUCAAUUGGUCAUUCCCUUGGAUGCUGACACUGCUGAAGCUGCCAAUUACUGCUUGUUUGGUAUUGCUCCUACUUCGAGCUCAAGCGUAGGUAACAACCUAUAUUUGGUGGGUGACUCUAUACUGCGUAGCACCUACAUGGUCUAUGAUAUGGGCAACAAUAGAAUAGGUAUUGCGGCUGCAACUGGAGUCGAUGGCUCCGUACAAGGUGUUUCAUCUGCAUCCACAAGCGAUGGUGGUGUAUCGCUCUUUAGACAUAACCCUACUAUGAUUGCUUUGGUUAGCUGUUUGUUAAUGGCUGCAUUUGCUUUCUAA